GGUGAUUUGCCAGGAUGUGGAAAGUGUACUCAGGAUCGACAGAGGGUUAAGCGCUCCUUUUAAUGUAAUUCAGGGAAUCAGACAAGGCUGUUCUUUAUCAGGUUAAAAAUAGAUCAGGAUGGUUUGCUUCUGCAUUUGGGAUUAGAAUAAAAGUGUAUUUUUUCUCUUGGAUGACUGAAGAAGUGAGAGAUGAGGUUCUAACAUCUGUAAUAUAUACUGCACGACAUGCCAAAUCAUCUUAGGAGUCAUGGAGACAGGUUUGUCAUCUGCUCCAAGCCUACACUGGAUAAAAAUAGAACAAAACACACGACAUGUAAAACCUAAAAAUGGCUGCAUCUUAUCACUGCAAAAUAUUGAUCUACUCUCUGACUUGAGCUGCCCUGUACAAGUUAAACAGGAAUCGGAUCUAUCUCAAUCAGAAUAUUUACCUUGUCCUAAGUUUGAGGAGUUAAAGAAAGAGUCUACUGUGAUGAAUGAAUUAAUUAAAAUGGAACCGCAUGAUGACUCUAACUCUAGUCUGACCAUAACCACUGAAGCGUCACACUGGAGUGAUGAUAAUUUACCACACGGACUGAUUCCUCCUGUUGAAAUGGAAGAUGAUGAGUACCAUGUAAAAUGUCCCAAAAACAUCAGUGCAUGUCAAAAAAGUUUAAAUAAAAAAAGAAGUGCUGUCAAAGUAAAGCUUCAUGAUUCAAAUACAGACAAGAAAUAUACAAGCAAACAGAGAAAGGCACAGAAACAAACCAAAUAUCACUGUGUCAAGGGCCAUGAUGGCAGGACGUUGUUAAAAACGCACACACACACUGGUAGUGAAGAAGCAUUCUGGUGUGAAACUUGUGGAAAACAGUUCAGAAGGUAUGACCUCCUCAGCGACCACAGGAGAGGGCACAGCAGAAAAAGACCAUAUGCCUGCGAUCAGUGCGGCAUGAGGUUUUCCAAACCUGCUUAUCUGAAAAUCCAUCUGCGCAGACAUGCUGGCGAAAGGGCAUUUCCUUGUGACAAGUGUGACAAAAGGUUUUUUGACAAGUACGACUUAGCAGUGCAUCAGCGAGAUCACACAGGUGAGAGACCAUACGAGUGCCGAGAGUGUGGAAAGAGCUUCAAGCGGAUUUAUAUACUGAACAAGCACAAGAAAACGCAUUCUAAUGAAAAACCGUUUGAGUGUAACGUCUGUGGAAAAGCCUAUAAAUAUGGUUACAGUUAUAGGUUACACAGGAAAACUCAUUCGGCAUAGAUUUUAUCAUAGUCACACAGCAAAAUUAAAAUCUGAAUUUUCUUUUUUUUUACUGAUGCAUUUUGUUGACAUUUUUUUUCCUUAGCCUGGCUAGACAGUUAUAAAAGGUUUUAUCAUAUCAUAUUGUUAAAUAUAACUUUUUCAAACUUUUCAAGUUGAUAAAUAUAUUUAUGCAGUUAUUUUUGCAGUUGGUACUGAGAAUUUAUGGAAUUGGUUAUUUGAUGCUUACGUGACUACUGUGUAUCCAAAUUAGAGUCUAUAUGAAAGAAAUGCACUGAUUAUUUCAGAUUGUGUGUAAUGACUGUAUAAUAAUUCUGCAAUUUGAUUAAGUGGUGAUAUCUUUUAACUCCUCAAUGCCAUUGUUUACUGUAUAUACUUGUUUAAGUAUAAUAAUAAACAUUUUUGGAGAUACUCUU